UUUUUGUUACGUAUGAUUCGAGCUAAACAUCAUUUUAUAAACCAUUCCAUUUUACGAGUUAACAAAAAAAAACUAUAUAAUAAAAAACCAUCUCGAGAAAAAAAAAGGAAAGAAAUAAAACCUCCCAAUACAACUCCCUAAAAAAUCUCUCUUCUUCUUCGCAAACAGAAAUGUCUCCCUCUCGCAACAUCCCCGCUUGGCUCCGCCCUACCUCCGAUCAUCCUCCUCAUCCUCCGCCUCCACAGUCACCGUCUCCUUUAGUCUCCGGCGACCCGAACCUCACAACGUGCCUAUACCAAACGGAUCACGGGGUCUUCUACCUGACAUGGUCACGCACUUUCUUAGGAGGCCACUCUCUAAACCUCUUCCUCCACUCCCAAGACUACUACAACCGCUCCUCCCCUCUCUCCUUCUCCUCCGCCGACCUCUCCCUCUCCUCCGCCGUCUCCUUCCACCUCAACCUAAACACGCUCGCCUUCUGGCGAAGACGCGGAUCCAGAUCCGUCUCCCCGAAAAUCCAAGUCUUCUGGGACCUGACCCGCGCCAAAUUCGACUCCGGAUCCGAGCCUAGAUCCGGCUUCUACAUCGCCGUGGUCGUCGACGGAGAGAUGGGGCUCUUAGUCGGAGACUCGGUCAAGGAAGCCUACUCUCGCGUCAAAUCGGCGAAACCGCCGACGAAUCCUCAAGCUCUCCUGCUGAGGAAGGAGCACGUGUUCGGCGCUAGGGUUUUCUCGACGAAGGCGAGGUUCGGAGGUAAGAGCAGAGAGAUCUCGAUCGAUUGCAGAGUCGACGAGGACGCGAGGCUGUCCUUCAGCGUGGACUCGAAGCAGGUGCUGCAGAUCAAACGGCUGAGGUGGAAGUUCAGAGGGAACGAGAAAGUGGAGAUCGACGGCGUUCCCGUUCAGAUCUCCUGGGACGUUUACAAUUGGCUGUUCCAGAGCAAAGCCUCAGGAGAGGGAGGACACGCGGUGUUCAUGUUUAGGUUCGAGAGCGAUCCCGAAGCUGAGGAGGAGGAGGAUGAUGAGAGGAAAGAGGAAGAGAGGAGUAAAAACGACGUCGUUGUGUGGAAGCCGAAGCAGAAGCAGUGUGGGAGCAGCUUGGGGAUUAAAGGGAUCGUUGAGUGGAGGAAGAUGAAGAGGAGAUUCGUUAAGAGCAAGAGGAGCUCCUCGUCUUCGUCGAUCUCCAUGUCUUCCGCUUCUUCGGCGUGUAGCUCGUCGGUUAUGGAGUGGGCUAGUAGCGCAGAUGAGGCGGAGUACGGAGGGGGAGGAUCUGCCGGCGCCGGCGCCGGCAAUGGUCUUGGAUUCUCUUUAUUGGUUUACGCGUGGAUUAAGUGAGGUUUUUAUUUUUAUUUUUUUCAUGGGAAACUAAAAAGGAAAGGUCAAAGAAUUAUUUUGAAAAAAUUUAUUGUUUUUAACGUUUUA